AUGCUCACCCUGACACCAAAGACCAUCCAAGGCAGAUGUUUGAGCGAGGGCCAUGCAUCUGGACCUUUACUAUACAGUCAAACGCCUCUCAGUUUCUGGGGUGGUGUUGAUCCUGCUACUGGCAUCGUCAUCGAUCAACAUCAUCCUCUAGCUGGAAGCUCGCUAGGCGGAAAGAUUCUUGCAACCCCUAGUGGACGGGGAUCAUGCUCGGGAAGCGGUGUUCUCUUGGAAUUGUUACUCAAUGGCAAUGCUCCGGCUGGCUUUGAACGUGAGGAAUUGAUCUUGACGUUGGGAACCAUCAUCGCUGCCGAGUUCUUUGAGAAAUCCGUUCCGAUUGUACAGGUCGAGGCAGAUGAAUUCACAGGGCUUGCAGGUCAUGCUCUUGUGCAGAUUACCGAUGGAAUUGUAGAGGUCAACCCAUCAAGCCUAUCGAACGAGAAAACAACCAAGGAGAAGUCACCACUACCAACCAUCAACUUGACAGAGCUCGACCGUGCCAUGCUCAGGGGAGAGCACGGUAAAGCUGUGCAAGUUGCUGCUAGAGUUGUCUCAAGAGUAGCAGAGAUUCAAGCCGCUACAGAACUCAUAGACAUAACUCAAGCACACAUCGAUGGCUGCAUAUACACAGGACCAGCAACACUGCUCUUUGCUCAGCGUCUCUGCGACUGGGGCGCCAAAGUACGGAUACCAGCCACACUAAACUCCAUCUCUAUUGAUCGACAAAGAUGGCGGGAUCAAGGUAUCGAUGCAGCAUUGGGCGACCCUUCAGGUCUGCUGGCCGAUGCCUAUGUUGCGCUGGGAGCCAAGCCAACAUACACUUGUGCUCCAUACCUCUUGGACACGGCACCGAAGGAAGGAGAGCAGAUCAUGUGGGCCGAAUCUAAUGCUGUUGUAUUUUCUAACAGUGUGCUUGGUUCUAGAUCUAUCAAGUGUCCUGACUUCCUGGAUAUCUGUGUCGCAUUGACUGGCAGAGCGCCAAACUGCGGUGCUCACAUCACCUCCCAGCGAAGACCGCAAGUGGUGAUUGACAUUGCGCCUGGUAUCGAUGGAGAUGACAGCCUCUUCCCAGUCCUCGGCUACCUGGUAGGAGAGAUCGCAGCGAAUCGUAUUCCCCUCGUUACUGGUCUCGAACAUAUAAAUGUGAGCAGAGACGACCUUAAAGCAUUUGGAGCAGCAUUUGCAACAACCUCAAGUGCCCCAAUGUUCCACAUCGCAAACAUAACUCCAGAAGCCAUCAACCAAUCUCUUGAGCAGUGGAUGGCUACCACACCAGUUGUCAAGACCACAAAGAAUGACCUUGCAAGUGUGUGGUCGAGACUAGACAAAGCGACAGAAACAAAGAUUGACCUUAUAUCGCUCGGCAACCCGCAUUUCUCGUACGAGGAAAUGGCCAUGCUGUGUCAGCUUUGCGAGAGAAGGACUAAAAGUCCUGAUGUUGCAGUCAUUGUCACUUGCGGGCGUGACAUCUACGCACGAGCGUGUAAAGAUGGACUCAUGCCUAAGCUUGAAGAAUUCGGUGUGCAGCCAGUCACAGACACUUGUUGGUGUAUGAUUGGAGAGCCUCUUAUUCAUCCCUCGGUGCGCACCAUUAUGACCAACUCGGCCAAGUUUGCUCACUAUGGAGCUGGAUUGACAAAGAGAGAUAUGCGAUUUGCUAGUCUCGCUGGUUGCGUAGAGGCAGCGUGCAAUGGUGAAAGUCGCAAAGUCAUGCCUAGAUGGCUCUCUUGA